UAGAAUGAGACAGCCAAGAUGUCGGCGCUCAAGAGAAAGCGUGGAGGAAAAGGUGGCGGACCCAAAAAUAAGAAAAAAGUCAAAUUUGCGGAAAAUGGAGAAUCCAACACAAAUGUUACGACGGACCAAGAACAGAAGACUGAAAUCAACAUUCCAGCGCCGGUUUCAAUGGGAAAAUGGAAAAACAAAGAACGCGUUCUGGUCUUUUCUUCGAGAGGUAUCAACUUCAGAACUAGACAUUUAAUGCAGGAUCUAAGGACCAUGAUGCCUCAUGCUAAAGCUGACACUAAAAUGGAUCGAAAAGACAAGCUGUUCGUUGUCAAUGAGGUGUGCGAAAUAAAGAACUGCAACAAGUGCAUAUAUUUUGAGGCAAAGAAAAAGCAAGACCUUUACAUGUGGAUCUCUAAUGUCCCCCAUGGACCCUCAGCCAAAUUUCUGGUUCAGAAUGUGCACACACUUGCAGAGCUGAAAAUGACGGGUAACUGCCUUAAAGGAUCCAGACCACUUCUGUCAUUUGACCCUCAAUUUGACAGUGAACCCCAUUACUCUCUGCUGAAGGAGCUGUUCACUCAGACUUUUUCAACACCUCAGUAUCACCCAAAGAGCCAGCCAUUUGUGGAUCACGUCUUCACAUUCACAAUAGCAGACAACAGAAUAUGGUUCAGGAAUUACCAGAUCAUUGAAGAGGACGCAUCGCUGGUGGAAAUUGGGCCCCGCUUUGUGUUGAAUCUCAUCAAAAUAUUUCAAGGAAGCUUUGGUGGGCCUACACUUUAUGAAAACCCACAUUUCCAGUCCCCUAACAUGCAAAGACGAAUGGUCCGCUUGGCACUGGCCGCUAAGCAUCGGGAGCGUCAGCUUGUGCGGGAGAUUCAGAAGGUCAAGAGGUUGGAAACAAAAGAGGUGCUGAGAGAGGAUGUGACGGAUGAUGUCUUUGACACCCCUGCGCCAGAGAAACCGGUGGAGAUCGAGCUGGAGGCACCCCCUCCCAAGCCGCCCAAGACUGGCAAACUCACGGAACUUAGAAGGAAGACCAGACUGAAGCGCAAGGGUCUACGUUAAAAUGUAUCUGUCAAAAAGAGACUGGUGUGUUUUCUUAUUGCUAAGUUGUUAAAGAUACUGUUGAUGCAGACAGAGAUUUUAUUGGAAAUGUAAGGUAGAUUGUCCUGUGUUCCAAGGGUCUCUGUAUCUGCUGUGUCAAAUUAUGUUCCAAAACUGUUCAAGUGUCCUUUGAUUAAGUGAAUAUAUGCUAUACAAACAUUUUCAUCAACAUGCUCACAUUUAGCUGGUUUUCAAUAAAUUAAACGUUUGACAAG